AUGUUUGUCCUCAUAGUUCUCACAGUUAUUACGCUAUGUAAUUGUGAAACUACGGGCUUCACGGACGAACUCGCCAGAGAGUACAUGUUCGUUAUGAGCGCUGCUGCAUACUCAGAUAAACCAGGAGAAUGCAUGAAGAAAUUUAAAAAUGCUACAGUUUACAAUCAAACUUAUGCUGAAUGCACAGGAAACUGCUCAGGGUUCACAGCUGUAAUGCAUGAGAAACAAGCAAUCGUACUAAGUUUCCGAUAUGUUGGAACUACCGACAUGCAGCAGCUGUUUGCUGAGAUUAAGGAGAGCACAUUCAAGGAAUGGGUUGGUUUUUACCUUAUGGGUGAUUAUGGGAUUGUAAUUAUGACGAGAAAUUAUAGUAAUUGGACUCAUGGAGGCAGAGUAUCGAAGUACUUCCAUGAUGCCUUCUUGAGUCUCUGGAACGGAGGUAUGGAGAAAGAUUUCAAAAAUCUAACGACAUAUUAUCAAUACUACGAGAUUUGGGUUACCGGUCACUCACGUGGUGGUGCUCUAGCUACAUUAGCUGCAUCCGUGGUGGACGGACAACAUAACCAAACUAAUGUGAAGCUGGUCACAUUUGGUCAGCCAAGGGUUGGCGACGAAAAAUUUGCAGAAGAACACCAUAAAAUGGUGAAACUUCAUCAUUGGCCUGACGUUUCGACAAACUCGUCUUUAUCAGAAGCCUGA